AAGUCUUAAUGAGAUGUUUACUUGUUUGAGUUGUGAACUUUUUGUUUGUUUGACUCUUGUUUUUUCAUGUUCUGUUUGGUUUUGUUCUUUUUUUCUAGGAACUAAAGAACAGAGAAAAGCAACUUAGUAACACAAAUGAAGAAGAUCUACUAAACCAAGCGUCCUUCCAUCUCAGUUUUCAAACACAGCCAACAGAAGAUGGGCCAGUGUUUAUACCAUGGAUAAGCCAAUUGGGAGUUAUAAGCAAUCAAAGUCCAUCUCUACCUGUAUGCUAUGACCAACCGUCUAACCAGAAGGAUGUAAUGGUACAACUAGCUCAUGUUAUUUGUCGACAGUCAGGAUUCGUGACAGCAACCAAGUUAUUUGAUGAUUCAGAAAGCAUGAUUUUUUGCUCUUACUAUUUGAAUCCUGUUUUGGGAUAAUUUAAGACAGACAACUAGUUCUUCUCUAGUCUUAUUUGCAUGGAAUCAAUUAGUAAAGAGUUUUGUUGUAUUGAUUUGAGACGCUUGAUGUGAAAUUCCGUUAUGAAUAAUCAACUGAAAACGGUGUGGAUUACGGAAAAAUGUCACAAAAGCAAAGGGAAGCUAUACCGGCUUGCCUUUUUCUCAUUUAUUAUUCUGAUAAACUUUUUUGUAUUUCAGUAAAUUUUUUCCUGGCAAACUUGAAAUUGGCAUUCACAAAACUUUAUGUUAACAGAUGGUUUGGCAUUCGAAAAGAAACAUUAGGUCUGCAUUCGAACUCUAGUGGUCUUAGUGCUUACUGUCGAGGUGAUGAACAAUUCAUUGACCAUUGUCGAUGGCAUUUCCCAAUCUUACGUCCGUGCAGUCAUUUUUUGGCAAUUGAAUGUGGUGAUUGUUCACAUUCAUAUGUGAUGGCAGAGGAGACUCAAAUAACCUUAGCUUCUCCAGGAUUUCCUAUUUACAUUCCAUUAGUGGUAUGCGAGUGGAACAUUACAUUGCUACCGGAGAAUAAUUUGCAUAUCAGGUUUCAGCAGUUCGAAUUGCCUAGUCCUAUCUAUGAUGAGGCAAUAAAUGUCGUAUCUUGUCGGUCGGGAUCGCUGGACAUCAUGUCAUGGCAUGAGGAUAUUAAAAAAAUGGCAUUAGAUGGACGAUUCUGUGGCCGUUAUAGUCCAGGCAAGUUUGCAAUUAAUACAACCAUCUAUGUACUACAGAGUUCUAGAAAUUUGACCAUUAUUUCCAACCGCAUCCUUAUUCGAUACACGGCGAGUUCCUUCAAGAUGGACGACGUAACAAAAAAGGGCUUCCUCGCAGAAUGCUCCCUUGUCUCCUCAGCUCAAUUGUCAAGUAAUUUCGCCAUCGUUCGCUGGGUACUAACAGGCAGCGGAAUAUUGAUUACAGUUAUAAUCGCACUAUUUCUUUGGAUAUGGAAGGGGAAUUUCCACAAUUUGUAUUUGCGCUUAUGUUUAAACUGUUGCUGGGCAAAUUCUAUCCCGACGAGGGAAGGUCGUCUGAGCUUAGCAAGAUCACCUCUAUCCGCAGUCGUGUUACCACCGCCUGUGGAAACAUUUAGCCAUAUAGCCGGCUUAGAAGAUCAGCGUAUGGAGAUCAUACAUGGACGCCGCAUAAGUGUAACAAAAGAACUUGAUCAAGAAUGUGAUAUUCGUCACUGGGACCAAACCCGUCGUCUGGAAAAGUGGCAUUCCACCAACCGUACCACUCGGUCUUCGUCAGCUGAUUUCGCUUCCAUGCAAAAGGGAAUGUUGCUCUAUGGAGAAUACUUUACAUGGAUUUGUGUUUGCUUAAGAAUAAACACUUUUUCUUAUAUGCGUUUCUUGAUACUGUUCUAUGCUACAGGUAUUGAACUGAAGGAUAAAAUUUCACUUGUUACUACGCCGAAAGAUAGAAAUGGAAGCCAUAUCUAUGAAGAGAUCGACAUCAACUUACAAAAUGGUUGUCCUGAAGCCACGUGUAUCCGAUCAGUAUCGAGCACAGCACCACCCAGAAUGAUGAUGCCAUUCAUCGGCAGAAGCCUUUUCGAUCGACCACCGGUGAUGUUGUAUCAACAAACGUCAACGUUUGAACCCUUGAAUACCACCAUUUUGGUCUCGGGAUCUUCAAUACCAUCACAUCCAGAAAAAUCUCAUGAAUGCCAAUUGGACCACUCAGUUUUCCAUCGUCCUCCGUGUUUCCAUUGCAGGAGCAGCGGAUCCGCGUUUUCAACCUCUUCUCAUUUAGCACUAUCGAGUGAAUCAGGCGACAGCGCAUCUCUUAGCGGUAUCUAUGUGAAUCCAGAGCCGGAGACUGACGAAUAAUGAUUGACGCUUUUUAAAAUGUAGUCAAUAUCAUGGCAACUGGCUGUAAAAUAUAAUCAUAUAUUAUUAUUUGAAAUUUGGCUAGUGAAAUACAUACAAUAGACCAAGA